UAUAUCCUCUUAUGUUAUUAUAUUUUUAGUACCAAAGUAUGCCGGCUAAAAACCCAAAAGUAUUUAAAAAAUCAUUUUUCUUAAGCCUCUUUCCACAUUUUUAAAUCCAUCGAUACUCGCGCCAAGUCUAUCGGUCUAUCGGGCUUUCGGUGCAAGAAGAAAGUGCCAUCGCUGAGUUUUGGACGUAAACAAGUGCGUGCACGAAUAACAGGGCAAGAUAUAAGCGGAGCAGCACUUAAGGAAGGCAGAACAGAGAUUUUAGAGCGAGCUCCACCAGCAUGGACGUGGAGGAGGACCCUGUGGCCAGCGGAGCGGCUUCCGCCUGCAAGCGCCAGAGACGCAACACUGAUUCCCGCAACGAGGGCCCGCUUGGAGACGGAGACGGAGACACGGCGCAGAUUGGCGGGGAGAACACUGUCACAGCGAACCAGUCGGUUAUCAAAAGCGCCACAAUCAUUACCAACAACAACAACGAGGAGGGCGACAUGUUUGGCAAGGAGCAAUCACUGGAGGAGAAGGAGCAGAAGAAACAGUUGGAGAAAGGGUCAGAGGAGCUGCAGCUCGAGAAGGAGCAUGCAGAGGAGGAGCAAUUGGAGGAGUCACAAGAGAAGCAGCUGAAAGAGGGACAAACUAAGAAGAAACAGUCAGAGCAACAGCUUCAAUCGGAUGAAGAACUCGCCGGCUCCUCUAACCUGGAGUGUCAAUUAUCCCCCCUCGCCGCCAGUGCCGUGCUGGCAGCCAACAAGCCAAAUCUCCCCAGUGGCACCGAGGCGGCCAUCGACAGCGAUGAUGACCCAACUCCAUCUCAGCCACCAGCUGACGGUGAAGCCGCCGCCAGGUUCCACCCGCGCAGCAUCCCGGCCAACCGCUCCUAUCGCCGCAUCAACAUAGAGCUGUUGGGCACGGUGACGGACUCGGAAUCCAGCGAUUCAGAUGAACCGGUGUUGCAGGAGGACACCGAGGACGCGGAAGUGGAAGCGGACAGUGAUGAGCCGGCGGCGGCUGCUGCGGAGGAGGAUCAGCAUGAAGAAGACUCCUCCUCGGACAUUUCCAACGACGAAAGGGUACGCUUCUCUCUAUCUAGUGCAAGUGAAUCAACCAUUGAGAAUCGGCAGGACGAUGUGGACUUCAACGAGCACGUUAACGCCGACGACCGCGCGAAAGUCGAGUCCGCCGUGAAUGAUACGAUGUGCAAGUGCAAGCCCGUGUACACGUGGAACUGCGACCAGGAGCUGUUGCACAGGGAGCACAACAUAAUGAACCGCAUCGGCUGGCGUGGCGGCCACACCUCGGUCCUAAGCUUUGGGCAAGCGUACUACGGCUCCCGCCAAAUGGUGGAACAGUUGACGCUGCUGAGCUCGCUGAACAAGCACGAUGGAUGCGUAAACUGCCUGAAUUUCAACCGCACCGGGGACCUGAUCUGCUCCGGCUCCGAUGAUCUCAAAAUAAUGGUUUGGGACUGGGCGAACGAAAGACUGGUGCACAGCUUUCACUCCGGCCACAACAUGAACAUCUUCCAGACCAAGUUUAUCGACAGCACCGGGUGCCUGGACAUUGUGUCCGCCAGCCGCGAUGGCCAGGUGCGCAGGUCCGUCAUCCCGCCCUCCGGCGGUGCCAUUAAACCUACGCGCCUGUACACACACAGCGAUUCUGUACACAAGAUCGUCCUGGUGCCGCAUAGCCGGCACGAAGUGAUGAGCGCCGGCGAGGAUGCGGCUGUCAAACACUUCGAUUUGCGGGCCAGCAAUGCUGCCACCACGAUGCUGCGGUGCGUCUACCAUGAUGCGAAUGAGCGGGGCCGCGUGCGCCUGUUCAGCAUCGCACAUCAUCCGUACGCGCCCGAGUUUUGCGUCAGCGGAUCCGACGACAAGCUGCGGGUCUACGACAAGCGCAAGCUGACGAAGCCGCUCUUGGAAAUGACCCCAACCAAUAUAAAGGAUACAAAGAUCACGCAAAUUACCUGCGCCGUGUAUAACCACUGUGGCAGCGAGAUCCUGGCCUCAUACAGCGAUGCGGGGAUCUACCUAUUCGACAGUCGCAGCACCAAGGAUGGCGAGUACUUGCAUUGCUACGAGGGACACAUCAAUAGCCGCACCAUCAAGGGAGUGAACUUCUUUGGCACCCGAUCCGAAUAUAUUGUCAGCGGUAGCGAUUGCGGGAAUAUAUUCUUCUGGGACCGAAGCACCGAGGCGAUAAUCAAUUUCAUGAAGGGCGACCACGCUGGCGUGGUCAACUGCCUGGAGCCACAUCCCUGGAUGCCGGUGCUAGCUACCUCCGGCCUGGAGCACGACGUUAAGAUCUGGACGCCAAAUGGCCCUGCCAAGAAGCUCGACGAGGAUGCACUGAAGCAGACGCUGGAACGCAAUUUCAGGCGUAACAUCGUGGACAGGGGCGACUUCGACAUUAACCAGUUCCAGUACUUCAUCCGAGGGUUUCUGCAGGGCUCCGGACAAGGCUCCCGCUUUCGCCGCCCGCGAAACCCGAGAUCCGAGUCCUGGCCCUGGCAACGCCAAGGGCGGCAGCAUCGGGACAACAGCUCGAGCACUAGCAACGGCUCCAGCCCAUCCAAUCCGACCUCCCAGCCGCGCAGCGACAGCGACAGCUCCGAUGACGACAAUGGCGAGGGAGCAGCCGCCGCCGCUGCGCUGGACACGCUGCACUGCCGCACGCAGUGAGGCUGCGGCCGUGGAUGAGCUUCGAAAGCAGUCCUCGGUCAUCUUAUGAUUUUCGAUAUUAUAAAUAUGUUAGAAAGCGUUUCCGAAGCUGUGAAUUUGUAACCGUAACACAUAAGUGCGCAUAUAUUAUUUGUAAACAAGGUUUAAUAAAUGCUCAUUGAGAAGAA